AUCUUACGUCACGUUCUGCAGGAGGGAAUGUCCGUAAGGCUGUGUGCUCUUUUUCUUUCAGCUCGUCAGGUGAGCCGGGCACGCAUUACGGUGGUUGUUUUUAUUCCAUAAAUACCGUCCAGAAUUCGCGUCUGCCGAUAGUGUAUUUCCCCUCUCCUCAUCCUCAUCCGUCUGCAAUACUACACAAUGGACAAACAUAUCCGCGUUCAUCCUCAAUGUGGCGCGUGCGGCUUCACAUUUACCGAGUUCGAGGCAGUUGUUGCGCUUCAUCAAGAAGGCGACGAUGCCAUUACGACCACUUCCUCAACGCUGCAAUAUCGACAUACGGCAAGGUGCGAGGAUAGACGCGCACUUGGGAAAGCAUAUUGCCGCUAUCCUAAUUGUAAGGCGUGUGCCUCCUCCGUGCCGACCAUGACGGUUCACAAAGAAUGCCUCGAUUUCCUUGGGCAGCUGACUACAGCGGAAGAUAAACUGUCGUGGCUGUGGACUGCCGCGACGUGGAGAAGCCCGUGGGAUGGCGCACCGCCUCUGCAGCAGGCCCUUUCUCCUGUUAUUGAUCCUGGGCAAUUCAUCCACCAGGCAGCUCAAGCUUGUGAGAUGCCCGGUCUGUCGUCGUUGCCCAAGGAAUUGGCGCUCAUGAUUUACGAACAAUCUGACCGGAGCUGUUUACAUCGGUGUCUGGCUUUCUGGUCCUAUGCGCGAUGGUGGAACCGGCUGCACCAAAAAAUGCCAAAAAUGAUCCCCAUCGAAGAGAUCGAAGAGUGGCAUCGCGGCUCACAUCCGGUGAUGAACAAGGGCGCUAGGCACGGCGAAGUGGAGAGUGAUGUGCAGAAACCCAUUAUUAUCCUCUCGAUCGAUUCUCAAGGCUUGCGGAGCAUAACAAGGGUGCAAAAGGGCUAUACCACUAGCUAUGCUAAUGCCAACGAUGGCCUCUCGCAAUCCGAUACGGUUGCAUAUGUCGUCGAGGCAGCUGAAUGCUUUGCUUCUGCGCAAGUGGAGUACAAUUAUCCAUUUGCGCGACUUCAGCUUACGGGUAGGCCUGAGCAAAUCCGUGUCUGGGAUACGCCUUUGCCCCCACAAUGGCAAGAGUGCGUUUUAGAUGUAGAUUACGAUUCUACUGCGCGUGCAAAGAGCCAUCUAUCGACUAUUGACACGCGCAGCAUUACGGGACUUACAUUUUUUACAUGUUUUGCCCGGAUAUGGGCUAUCCACGCGCACACAAAGAGACAGCCUUUUGCGCAGCGCACAUUCGAUACGCUGAGCCCCAAAAUUAAGGCUUUUGUCCAUUGGUUUCAUGUUCCUCUUGGGUCUGAAGACAGAAUCACGGCUUUCGGCUGGAGCGAUCGUGAUUACAAUGCGCGCUUCUACCUGCGUUUGAAAUUGGCAGGGAAUAUAAUUGUGGGGUCGACGUAUAGGAUGGAUGACGAAGACGUGCAGUUGAUCCAGCAUCCUACCACUCUUAUCUACCAGAGACCAGAUAGCGAGGGGGUACACUUUGUAGGUGGCCACGCUGGCGGUACUGAUGAGCAAAAGGAUGCCGAGGCGGAGCCUACAUUUGCCUUCCGAUAUAGGAAACAGCCAUUCAGAUCUGCCAGCUAUUCAUCAGCUCUCCUCAGGAAUGUCAUUCGAGCCCAAGUGUAUAUUGGAAGACGCUUUUCUCAUUCAAUAUGCCGAGGGGUUAUGUUGGAGUAUACGGAUGGAUCAAAACGAGCCCUUGGAGAAUGCAAAGUGGGUGUUGAUCGGGUCGAAGAAUGUUUUGAGCCUGUACACUUUUGCUACAAUUCAGCACUCAAGAACAAUGUGUCAGUGAAAGUUUCUACUGGGAGUUCGCAUCCCACGCAUCCCACGCAUGAGGGAUCUGGCUGGACAUGCUGUUUGAUGAAAGGAGCUAUGGAAUUUUGGUUUAGCGAAAGGGAAGUGGAAAUAAACUGGAAGCAGUAGCUGCACAUAUAUACCAGUUAAACGGAAUUGAAAGUUAUCAGCAGCACCUUGGUUCUAUUGACCAGCACUCAGCUACAGCUGCGGUUUUGAUGAUGGAACUGGAAUGCCUCAUAACUCCCUAUUCUAUUCACGUUGCGACAAUGGCAUCGGCGACGGUGAAUAAAUGUAGACAGGGGGAGGACCUAGGUAGUGCUAUAUUAUUCACGGUAGCAUCUUUGUCCUAAGCCCCUUGAAGCACUAUAUCCCGCCUGGCUCACUGUCCAUCUUGCGUUUCACUCAAGACUAUGUUAAUCUCUUGUAUCCCGUCACUUAUCUGAGUUUGCUUCUCUCCACUUGAAUCUAUCUUCCCCAAAGUUGACUCUGACCGUGACGGCUUCUCCUCCAGAAUGCCCAAUACAGGGAUAAAGCUUCCGA